AUGUCGGGGUCUGUGGGGGGAGAGUGUCCGGUUGGUGGUGGUUCUUCGCGAUCGGGGCAGACGCGACGAGGUUGUGCGUUUUCGGCGGCGGCGCAACCUGGCGAUCUUCAUGCUGCAUUUGAUAUUCCGCGGGGCAUCGAUACAGAAGAAUGGCUUCGCGCAAGAGAACGAAAGACGAUCAAUGAACUCCUCUACGCCGACUAUCCCUCCCGCGAAGAAGUCGAUUCCGUCAAGAGCCAACAAGAACUCGAUGCCAUGAACGCAAGCGACCACGACCUCCUCGCCAUCGCCCUCGGCGCACCAGCACGGCAAGUCCUCCAGCGCGCUCAAGAAAUCGGUCCCCAGACCGGAUGGCGGGAUGGAUACCUCAGCGUCGAACACGGUUUCUGCCCACCAGAUUACGAAGAGCCCAUUGCUGCGCUUGCAAGAUCGCCGGGUCGUAUUUGGUCUGAUCUCUGCGAGCGCAUGCCAGGAUGUUGCGCACGAGGAAGAGUGCGAGAAGCAGUCGCUGCACUGCCGCUUGUUGAAGGGACGGAGGAGAAUAUCCCUGAUCAAGCUCUUUGGGGCGCGGUGGUAGCGCUCGGUAUGCUUUGUUCUAUUUAUCGAUUCGAGGAUAAGCAUGAUGGCAAGGACGGACUUUCUAUCACUGAGGGAUCGACAACGAAGCCGCAAUAUCCCAUGGGCGACGAUCUCUGCGAAGAGCUCGAGGGUAUCCCAUUGUGCAUCGCUCUGCCGUACUAUCAGGUCUCGCGAAGAAUGGGACGAACCCUGCCCCACCUCUCGUUUCCCGACCAAGCUUCCUACAACCUGAAGAUCAGAGACGUCAAGUCCAACACCCCAUACCUUGCGCGCUUCGACAACACUGAUCUUCGAUGGCCCAUGUUCGGCGAAAGAGCUGAGGUAGCGUUUCUGAAAGGAUGCGCAGACACAUCUGCUUCAUUUCAACAUGGCCCCGAUGCCAUCGCCGCCUGUCAAGAGCACGUCAUGACCGGCAACAUCGAAGGUCUCCUCCACGAAAUGAUCCGCCUGAAAGAGAUUCUCGAACGAAUGCCCAACGCCUUUCACAGCAUCUCACCCAACCCCAACGCAGGCGACAACUACGUGUCGGCCGACAAAUGGGUUCGAUGGGGUCUCUUCUCAUCGCCGUUGUCGAAGCGAGUUCCCGCUGCUUCGGGAUUGCAGUUCCCUCCGUACCUGGUGAUGGAUGCCUUCUUGGGCCGCAAGACACACGCAUCCUUCCUCGGCGUCGAAGCCCUUCAUCUUCGAGCGUGGCUCCCUUCCAACCACCGUGCCUUCAUCGCCGCAAUCCAAUACCACUACUCCGUCCCCGAAUUCGUCCAACGAUCCGGCGACCCACGUCUAAUGGGUGUUCUCGAGGGCAUCGUCGAAGCCUACGCCGGCGAGCGCGGCUUCAUGGGCGUCCAUCGCUACAAAGUCUUCGGUAUCCUCGAAGUCGCAGCCAAGACUGGACGAACAGCGACCAACGGUCUUUCCGGCGCUGCUGAUGCGACAAGGCCUUGGGAGGAAACUCACCGUCAGUUCUCAGAUGCUAUGAAAGAGCGUCUUGAGCCUUUUCGGGGCAAGCUUGCCACGGAGCCGCAUUCGAUGAGGGGCACUUUUGAGGAGUGUCGGUAUAUGGCUAAGAUUGCCAGUUGCGCUUCUAUUGACCAGGAUCCAAGCCGGUCAACUGCCAUGGUCACCCUGGAUAUUCGGGACACCGGCAUUACCUUUGCGCCUGGAGAUCGUGUGGCUGUCAUGCCUCUCAACAGUUGGGAGGAGUGCGCUAAGAUGGUAGCUGCUCUUGGCCUGGAUCAACACGUUAGGGAGCAGGUUGACACUACAGGAACAUGGUCUCGCUUCGAACACCAUCUUUCUACAGUCACGAGAACCGCACACAGACAACUCACGGUCAUCGACAUCCUCCGUCGAGGCCACCUCGCCCCAAUCACAAAGGAACUGACCGUUAAAGUCCACGAGCUCCUCCACGCUUCGUCUAACACUGUCCUGCAAGUACUGGCAACCGAAGAAUGGCCUGUUCGUGGAUCUUUGGGCGACCUUCUGCAAAAGGCCGUCCUCGAUACGCCAAGUCACAUUUGGAACAGAGCCUUCAACCUCGAAGACCUGAGCUGGUUGUCGGAACUCGUUCAGCUUGAAGUCCCCCGAACCUACUCCAUCUCUAGUCACAGCAACGAGCUACUCCCCAGCACUGUCGAUCUCACCAUCUCCCGCGCCGAGUACGAGCUCAGCCCAAUCUUUUCGCAGGGACAGACUGUCACAAGAGCCGGCGUCGCAAGCGGCUUCUUCAACCCUCGUCCCCUGUCCGCAGAGAACAGCCUCUUGUACGAAGUCCUGAUCGGCGUUUCCCGACCGGUUGCCUUCCAACUUCCAAUCGACAAGAUGGUUCCCUGCGCAUUCUUCGCCGGAGGAAGUGGUAUCGCUCCCUUCCGUAGCUUCUGGCAGCACCGGCUGGCGACGUCAGGUCUCUCUGGUGGACGCAACCUGCUCUACCUGGGAGUCCAGUCCCGGGAGAAGUUCUGCUACGAGGCUGAGCUGCGGAAACUAGUCAAUAUGGGCUUCAUGGAGGUCCAUCUAGCGUUCUCCAGAGAUCGCCAUGGUUUGACAUAUGACGACAUCGCCAGGGAUCUUGUGGAGAAGCCGACACCUCCUCGAUACAUCGACAGUCUCAUCGUCGAGCAGGGUAACACGAUUUGUGACAUGGUCAUGUCAAAGAAGCAGGGCGGUCUUGGUGGUCACUUGUACGUUUGUGGUUCAGUGUCUGUCUUUGACUCUGUCAUGAGCGGUAUCCGAAAGGCUAUGUACAACUACCGCACAGCAACCAUGGAGACGGUCGACUUGAUCAUCAACAAGGCCUUUGCCGAGCGUCGCUUCAUGCUGGACGUCUUCAUGUCUCCCAAGGCUCUCCCCUGCAACCUCCCAACGAUUUCCCUGUCUCACCUCGCUCUACAUACCGGCCAUCGCCAAGAGUCUCGAAUGUGGAUUGCCGUUCACGGAAGUGUUUACGACGUCACCGACUUCUGUCCCAUGCACCCUGGCGGCACUCUCAUCAUCAAGUCCAACGCGGGUGUCGACUGUACCAAGUCUUUCGACAACCUUGCACAUACCAAUAACCCCGAGGUGUCGAGUCUGCUGACGAGGUACUUCAUUGGUCAUCUGGCUCCCAAGCCCGACUACCGCGACAGCGAUGUUUCAACGCUCCAUGAUCUUUGGGCUUCGUACUUGAGGGUCACCGUCGAGACGCUUGUCGCCCAUCAGUUUGAGAUGAACGACAUCAUGGGCGAGUCAAUUGACUCUCCCUCUGCGUAUGAUCCCAACGGUAUCAGCAACAUCUGGCUCCGAGAAGGGCUCCCAAAUACUAUUGCCAUUCGAACCUUCUACGAUUACCAGAAUCGCUUGUUACAAGGCGGCUUCACAGCUCUGUUUGGAUCAAAGCUUGAGGAAUUAGUCCUGCGCCUUUCAUUCAACUUCGCCAACUCUGGUGGACCUGGUGCAGCUUCCAAACUACCAGACAUUCUGGGCACCAUCGCCCGUGCCAAGUCAGGUAGCGAUGCAGUUCGCAGCACAAAAGAGAUCAGUGCUCUUGGUGACUUUGUUUGCGAUCCAUCUUCCGAGCUGCGCUUCCAAGAGCGGGGAGUCCUUGACUUUACUGCGAAAUGCGUGCAGCUUGACAUUGAGCUCUUGGAAGAUCUCCGACAAGAGGCGUGCAACGGUAUGGACGCCUUUGAGAGCAUCGCGACUGUUCUUGAUUCCUUCGAUGGGUCCAACUCGGACUCCACGCCCGUGGCUGCUUUGUCAUCGUUUCUCUUGCAGACGCUCGAGAGGAUGGCACAUCGGCUGGCGAUGUUUUACACUCAGUUGGCCCGCCUCUCAGUGUACCAGCCUGAGCUGGAACAUAACCCAGCGCGAACGCGAUGGGCCUUUGUCAGGCGAUGUAUCCGUGAUGGUACCUUCUUUGUCAUGACCCGAUCACGGGGCAGUGAGACCCCGAUGAACGGUCAAUCUGAGUCGUACUACAUUAACGCGAAGUCACUGGAGAAGACGACUUUCGACAACAUUCUUUCCCAGAUCAAGACUGUGAUUACUUCCUCGAUUGUGGAAUCACCAACUGCAGUCUUCCUGCCAGCCACCGUCAACGAUGUUCAUCACGAAAGAGUCAGCACUCUCACCAAGGACGGAACGGUCGCCUCAUCUGCAUCGAGACUAAACGUCUGGGCAGUCAAAAGCAUGGGAAGCUUCAUGAAGAAGAACGAAAAGGCAAUCCGUCGUCUGAGCAGUAUGCCAAAUCAAUUACAGCUGGAGGAUCUGCAAAAGGCUAUUGCGAUGAACGACAAGUCAGCUCCCCAGAAGAUCGAGAGCGCGGCCGCAUCGGACAUGACCCCGGAUCGUUUCAAGCCUCUAGAACUCAAGAAAGCUCUCGAGCUAGACCCCAGCGCGUUGCUUGCUUGCAAGGACCAGAUGCUCACUGCGCGAAUGAGAAUUAUGGCCGGUUAUGAAAUGAUGUCUUGCUCAGCUUCUCGACUGAGCCAACCGGCUAAAUGCACCUCAAUAAGCUCCAUUUCCUUUGAGGAAGCCGAUGAAUUGGUUGUCGCUAACCCUCAACCACUCAUGGAACGCCUUAAGUCCAUUCCCGAUGACGAGAGCGUCCCAUCUUCAGCAUCGUGCACAACUGCCCAAUCUCGUCGUAGCUCAUUCAGUGGCAGCUCUGCCACAGGCUCAGUCGCUGAUUCUUUCAUCCAAACGCCCCCUUCUCGGCCAUAUGAGACUAGCAUGGCCUUGAAGCUCAAGCUCGAGGGGUUGAAUCGUCGGUCGCGUGGGGAGUCUAUUUCGUCCCGACAGAGCUUCAUUUCGGCUUCGAGCGCGAUGGAUCUGAGAAGGAACAGGUCCGCAUCGGGUAACAGAAACGCAUCGAAGAGGAUGUCUAUCGAUCCUGGCCAUUCGAGGGAACAGUCGGCUGGUCGGCUACUGGCGUUCAAGCUGGGAGCUUUGGCGGGUGAGAGGCGAUCCUUUAUCCCACCAACAUGGUAG